AUGCCCCGGAAGGCCACUGGCAAGCACAUGAAGAAGACCGGCAAGGACGAGAGAUCCCUCCAACAUCAGGAGGAGAUUUCCGAGCGCCAGAACGUUCCUGCCAUCGAGGACCGGCCUCUGGAGAAGGCCAAGGAAGCGCUACCACGCUCCCAGGCCACUUCGAAGCCUCCCCCUACCACUGCGGCACCCCCUAAGCCUGCCAGCAACACCUCGGCACCUGCUGCCCCUGCUGCAACCGCACCCGCCGCUCCUCGCAAAGCCGCGAAGCCUCACCUGCGCUCGAGCUCGGGCACUCGAGUGAGUCUCGCGACAUUCGAGCGUGACAGCGAUCCAUGGGCACGAGAAACUGUGGCCCUACUGAAGAAACAGGAAGACGAGGAGUACCAGAACUUCGAGGCCUGGCUAGCUCGUAAGCGUGCCACACAGCGUGCUGCAAUCCACGCGGCACAUGCAAGCACGAGCUCGGCACAAACACCGACUGCGAGCCCCAACCAUUUGGAGCAGCAGGCGGUGACAGCCAUUGGAGAUUGGCUGCUUAACAAAGCCAAGGAGGCAGCACCAGUUCCCGCUGCCCUUCCCGAACCAGCAACCAUCAUGCCAGUCAACACAGACGACACCUCGUCUAUUUCACAUGCCGAGACGUCAGUUGACGAGGCCAUGGACACCACGGCGACCUCGCGUAAGCGGGGACGCGAGGAAGACGCAGCGGAGGGCCCGCGGAAGCAAGCGAACCCUCACGCAACAGCGGCAAUCACAACAACAGCUGCUGCAGCACCUGCUCCCUCCCCCCCCAUGCUGGACGACGCGGCGAGCUCGACAGCAACUCCCGCAGUCCUCCUCGCGCAGGCGGCCUCCGCCGACAAUGUGGCAGCGCCCCCUGCGGCUCCCGCAGGAACGAGGAAGUUAAACCACGGCCACCUGGAUCGGGCUCCGAGGCAACUCAACACCAUGGUCGCCGUGCCGCGCCCGUGCCCAAGCCCCCCGCCAGCCGUGGACGACUUCGUCACCGUCGUCUCCAAGGCAGCGCAGCGGAGAGCAAGGGCACUCGAGGUCGUAGCUGUCGCGACCGAUCCUGCUGUUGUAGGGACGGUCUUGUACCGUCCCUCGGUCCCUGGUGGUUCGUUCAUCAGAUCGCCGCGCCUGACACUCGCGUCGGCGCUCGCCAAGCGGCCCGGUGUGUUGGCGGUGCGUGUCAACCACAGUCGAAACAUCGUGGCCGCGGACGCGUCGACACCGGCGUGUUUGUCAGAGCUCCUUACCAUCAGGGAGCUCGGCGGCGUUCCCGUCACUGCCAGGGAGCCUACGGAUCGUCGCGCCAGCACCGGCUACGUGUACGGCGUGGACGGCGACAUUACGGACGCCGAGCUGCUCGCGGGCAUCACCUCGGCUGUUCCCGUGCUGUCGGCGACGAGGGAGGGAUCGACGGUGAAGUUACGCUUCGCCGAGCCGCUCCCACCGGAACUGGUCGUGCUUCAUGGACUGCGGUUACGCGUGCGGCACGUUCGCCCGCGACCAAGCCAGUGCCAGAAGUGCGGCCGCUUCAGACACGUCGCCGAGGCAUGCACGCGCAUCGGAGACUGCCUUCGCUGCGGCCGCCGCCACCCGGAGGCCGACAGCUGCAAGCCCCGCUGCAUCAACUGCGGUGGAGCCCAUGCAGCUACCAAUCCCACCUGUCCCCGCUGGCAGGAGGAGAGACGAGUGGCCACGCUGCUGGCUACUUCAUCUACGCCACUCUCGAGACGGGCGGUAACGGCGGCAGUACGCGAGGAGACCCGUGAGGUGCGCUCUUACGCUGCUGCCGUCAAAACCUCCCUGCUCGAGAAUACCACCACGGACCGCGGCCUGCAGCGCCCUACUCCUGCGCCGCGCCGUUCCCGCCUGCCAGCAGCGACCUCCGCCACGGUGGCCGAGCCUGCUGACCCACCUACCACGCCCGCAGAGGAUCCCAGGGACGCCCUCAUCGCGUCCCUACUGGCCACUCUGCAGGCAGUGGCACGAGAUCUCCCCGAGGAGCACCCACUGCGAGCCACCUGCCUUCAGGCGAUAGGCGCGCGGCCCGAUGCUUCCAGGGGCGAGUAG